AUGGUAAAAGAGGUCCUCCGUCCAUCAACAAAAAAGGCAAAUGGGAUUGGAAUACAUAACAUCAGGGCAGGACCGAGCUGGAUGGACCCUAUCGUUCUGUACUUAAAGCAUGACACCUUGCCAGACGAUAAGGUUGAGGCUGGCAAAAUCAGGAGAAAGGCUACUCGAUUCUGGUUAUCGGAGGACUCCAAGCUUUACAGACGCUUGUUUUCAGGGCCGUAUUUGCUAUGUGUGCAUCCAGAGGCUGCAGAACUCAUCCUGGAGGAGUUACAUGAAGGAAUUUGCGGAAGUCACACGGGGGAGGCUGAGGCGUUGGCAAACAUUAAGGAUGUCGAUGUCAAGAAGUUUCUCUGGAAGAAUAUAGUCACCAAGUUUGGCACCCCGCACACCCUGGUGUCGAACAACGGGCUCCAGUUUGAUAGCAAAGCCUUCAGAAGGUAUUGCAGCGAGCUGGGAAUUGUUAACCGGUAUUCCACGCCAGCUUAUCCCCAGAGUAACGGCCAAGCAGAAGCCGUCAACAAGACCAUAAUGAACGGACUGAAAAAGAGACUAGAUGACGCAAAAGGAAGAUGGGUGGAAGAGUUAGCCCAUGUUUUAUGGACAUACCGCACCACGCCUCGUAGGUCCACAAGGGAAACCCCUUUUUCAAUAACUUAUGGGGCCGAGGCUAUCAUUCCACUAGAGGUGAACUUCCCAACCCAGAGGACCACCACCUUUUGUCCCGCUGCCAAUGACAAACUUCUAGAAAAGAGCUUGGACCUCAUCGACGAAAGAAGGGAAGGCGCGAUGGUCCACCUAGCUAACUAUCAGCAGAAGCUCAAGCAAGGUUAUGACGCCAAGGUGAAGUCCAGGCCAUUGGCGCCUGGAGAUCUAGUACUGAGGAAAGUCUUGGGCACUGCGAGGAACCCCGCAUAG